GUCAUUCAAUUUUUUUCUUGCAGAAAUCAAAUGAUUCCUCAAGAAACCCUUCAAUUUUUUCUUGCAGAGAUCGAAUGAUUCCUCAGGAAACCCUAAUUUCUCCUCCAUUUUACACGUUCUUUCGCGUGGUGUCGCCACAGUUCUCUGCUCACCAAUCGAAAUCUCCAGCAGCCUAAACCCUAUUUUCUUCGUCUUUUGGAUCUUGGUCCUGUUCUUCCGUUCCGACAGGAGAAGGAGGAGGGAAAGGUAGAACAAAGGGUAAGGAUGUCUCUUCCGUUACUUAAGUGUAAGUUCGUGACAGAAGAAUUCCUUCGCGAAUGUAAGAACGGGAACUACGGCUCGAAGCUACCGAGCUCCGUGCCGAUGCUUCGCUUCGUCUAUGAACUAUGUUGGACCAUGGUUCGUGGCGAAUUGCCGAUUCAGAACUGUAAGGCUGUUCUCCAAGCAAUGAACUUUGCGGAUAAGCCAUCGAAAGAAGAAUUGGGUUCGUGUUUCGCUGAUGUUGUGACUCAGAUAGCUCAAGAUCUUACCAUGUCAGGAGAUCCGCGUGGGCGUCUAAUAAAGUUGGCAAAGUGGCUCGUGGAAUCAAAAAUAGUCCCUCAGAGGCUUUUUCAGGAGCGUUGUGAGGAAGAGUUUCUGUGGGAAACUGCAAUGGUUAAGAUAAAGGCUCAAGAUUUGAAGGGAAAAGAGGUCAGGGUAAACACCCGCCUUCUUUACCAACAAACAAAGUUCAACUUACUCCGUGAAGAAAGUGAGGGAUACGCCAAACUGGUCACUCUUCUUUGCCGAGGAUCUGCAAGUUCAUCGGAGAACACCUCAGCAGCUACAAUGGGAAUUAUCAAGUCAUUAAUUGGACAUUUUGACCUAGAUCUGAACCGCGUUUUUGACAUAGUGCUGGAUUGUUUUGAACUUCAACCAGAUAAUAACUUAUUUCUUGAUCUAAUUCCAAUAUUUCCAAAGUCUCAUGCUUCUCAAAUACUUGGAUUUAAGUUUCAAUUCUAUCAGAGAUUGGAAGUAAACAAUCCUGUCCCAUUUGGGCUCUAUAAGCUUACAGCUUUGCUUGUGAAGGAAGAAUUUAUCAGUCUUGAUAGCAUAUAUUCCCAUUUGCUGCCUAAGCAUGAGGAAUCUUUUGAGCAUUAUAAUGCUUUUUCUGCAAAGCGACUUGAGGAGGCCAAUAAAAUUGGAAAAAUAAAUCUUGCUGCUACUGGGAAGGAUCUUAUGGAGGACGAAAAGCCAGGAGAUGUCACAGUAGAUCUCUUUGCUGCUUUAGACAUGGAAACUGAAGCUGUUGCUGAACGGGCUCCAGAGCUUGAAAAUAAUCAAACUCUGGGUCUCCUUAAUGGUUUUCUUGCUGUGGACGAUUGGUACCAUGCCCAUAUCUUGUUUGAGUGUGUUGCACCUCUUAAUCCAGUGGCGCACACUCAGAUAUGUAGUGGUUUGUUUAAGCUUAUAGAGAAGUCAAUCUCUCCAGCAUAUGACAUAGUGCGGCAAACACGUUUUCAGAGUUCCAUUUCUUCCAAUGGAGAAAAUACAGUUACUGUUGAUGCAGCAAGUUCAACAAGCAAUAGGGGAUCUGUAGAUUUUCCUAAAGAAGUAUUUCAGAUGCUUAGUAUUGUUGGACCCUACCUCUACCGGGAUACCAUACUGUUGCAGAAGAUUUGUAGAGUAUUAAGGGUUUACUACUUGUCCAUCCUUGAUCUUGUUCGUGGUGGUGUCGGAUCUUCAAAUCAAGAAGGUAGUCUAUUUGAAAAUCCUCGUAUGCACAUGAAGGAAGUUAGGGCGAGAAUAGAAGAAGCUCUAGGGACAUGUCUUCUCCCAUCUUUGCAAUUGACACCUGGAAAUCCAGCUGUUGGUCAUGAGAUCUGGGAUGUGAUGAGUCUCCUUACAUAUGAGGCUCGUUAUCGCUUAUAUGGUGAGUGGGAAAAUGAGGGUGAGCGGAAUCCAUUGUUGUUGGCAGCAAGGCAAGUGGCAAAGUUGGAUACUAGAAGGAUUCUGAAACGGCUCGCAAAAGAAAAUUUGAAGCAAUUGGGCCGGAUGGUGGCAAAACUAGCUCAUGCCAACCCCAUGAUGGUGCUUCGAACGAUUGUGCAUCAGAUUGAAGCAUACAGAGAUAUGAUUAAUCCCGUCGUGGAUGCCUUCAAGUACUUGACACAGCUUGAGUAUGAUAUCUUGGAAUACGUUGUGAUUGAGAGGCUGGCACAAAGCGGACGUGAUAAACUGAAGGACGAUGGGCUUAAUUUGUCAGACUGGCUUCAAUCUUUGGCUUCAUUUUGGGGUCACCUGUGUAAGAAGUAUCCAUCGAUGGAGUUAAGAGGUCUUUUCCAGUAUCUUGUGAACCAGUUGAAGAGGGGUCAGGGUAUUGAGCUUGUUCUUCUGCAGGAACUUAUCCAGCAGAUGGCAAAUGUCCAGUACACAGAGAACCUUACUGAAGACCAACUGGAUGCCAUGGCAGGAAGUGAGACUUUACGCUAUCAUGCAACGUCCUUUGGCAUGACACGGAACAACAAGGCACUUGCCAAAUCAUCCAACCGGCUACGAGAUGCAAUGCUUCCAAAUGAUGAACCAAAAUUAGCUAUUCCACUUUUGUUACUUAUUGCGCAACAUCGUUCUGUAGUCUUGAUAAAUGCGGAUGCACCGUACAUUAAGAUGGUCAGUGAGCAGUUUGACCGAUGUCAUGGAACUCUUCUUCAGUAUGUGGAAUUCCUUACCAAUGCAGUGAGUCCUGCUUCUGCUUAUGCUCGGCUGGUCCCUUCACUUGAAGAGCUUGUUCAUGCAUAUCAUCUUGAUCCUGAGGUCGCUUUUCUGAUAUACCGCCCUGUAAUGAGGCUUUUCAAGUCUCAGCAAAAUGUUGCUGUUCAGUGGCCUUUGGAUGCUGGCGAAUCCAUGGAUGUGGAUGCUGAAAACACACAGUAUGACCCUCAAGGAAACUGUGUAAAAGUGAUUCUUGAUGUCGGCCCAUCCCAAAAAGCUAUAAUGUGGUCUGGCCUUCUUGAUACGGUCAGAACAAUGCUGCCCUCAAAAGCCUGGAAUAGUCUUUCCCCGGACCUCUAUGCAACGUUUUGGGGGCUUACUCUCUAUGAUAUUUAUGUUCCUAGAAAUCGAUAUGAGUCUGAAAUUGCUAAACAGCAUGCUGCACUUAAGACGCUUGAAGAGGUUGCUGAUAACUCUAGUUCAGCAAUUACGAAGAGAAAAAAGGAGAAGGAAAGAAUACAAGAAUCUCUUGAUCGCCUAACCAGUGAACUAUGUAAGCAUGAAGAACAUGUUGCUUCUGUCCAUAGAAGGCUUUCUCGUGAAAAAGAUAAAUGGUUGAGUUCCUGCCCUGAUACUCUGAAGAUUAACAUGGAGUUCCUUCAGCGUUGUAUUUUCCCUCGCUGCACAUUUAGCAUGGCGGAUUCUGUCUACUGUGCCAAGUUUGUGCAUAUGCUCCAUUCACUCGGAACACCUUUUUUUAAUACUGUCAAUCACAUUGAUGUUCUUAUAUGCAAAACACUACAACCAAUGAUAUGCUGCUGCACUGAAUAUGAAGCUGGGAGACUUGGGAGGUUUUUGUUUGAGACCUUAAAGAUUGCUUACUACUGGAAGAGUGAUGAAUCAGUCUAUGAACAGGAGUGCGGAAACAUGCCAGGUUUUGCUGUUUACUAUAGAUAUCCAAACAGUCAGCGUGUCACGUAUGGACAAUUUUUGAAGGUACAUUGGAAAUGGAGUCAAAGAAUUACACGGCUAUUGAUUCAGUGUCUGGAGUCAAAUGAGUACAUGGAGAUUCGCAAUGCUCUACUUAUGCUGACGAAGAUUUCUAGUGUUUUCCCAGUUACUCGGAAAAGUGGAAUAAACCUUGAAAAACGGGUAGCUAAGAUAAAAAAUGACGACAGAGAGGACCUUAAAGUAUUAGCUACUGGUGUUGCUGCUGCUCUGGCUGCAAGAAAACCUUCAUGGGUUACGGACGAAGAAUUUGGCAUGGGAUAUCUUGAACUAAAAGCUGCUCCAGCACAUGGUCCAAAACACGAUCCUUCCCAGAAUGGUUCAGGAGUUAGUGUGUCCCAAGUUGAAUCUACUGGAGGUAGAUCAGCGGCAACUGUUAGCCUGCAUCCUGAGUUUGGGGGCUUGAGUGAGGACCAGGGAUCGAGAUCUAAACUUGUGGAUGGAAGAUUGGAACGAACAGAGAGUAUCCCUCUGUCCAAAUCUGAUCGAGGCCAUAUAAAUUCAAAGGGAGGCAAUGUCCAAUUAUCCCAAUCUAAAAGGUCGAGGGAACAGAAGGAGACGGAUGAAAUGUCUAGAAUAUCCGAUGAACAUGCUGUCAAAGUUACGUCAAAGUCUUCUGAAACAGGGUUGAUGAAACGGGCUGUCCCAGCUGGAUCGAUGAGCAAAACAACAAAGCCAGAAUUUGGAAAAGAGGAUAACAAGUCUGGUAAAGGUGCUGGGAGAAAUUCCAUGGCUGAAAAAGAUCUCAGCUCUCAUAAUUCUGAGAGCAGCCAAGCAGGUUCAAUGAAGGCUUCUUCCACCGCAACAGCAAAUGUUAGCAUAGCUACUCCUUCAGCCAAAGUGAAAGACAAUGGUGCUGAUGCUUCUGAUGUACCAAAGCAACCUUCUCCUACUGCCCAUUCUCCUAGGCUUGACAACAUAUCUUCUUCGAAGUCGAGUGAUAGGUUACAAAAACGAACUACUGCUGUUGAGGAUACUGAGAGGAUGGGUAAACGUCGCAAAGGAGAUGCUGAGCACAGAGAUUAUGAUGCCAACCCCCGAUUGAGUGACCGAGCAAGAUCUGUAGAUGCCCGAGUAGUAGACUUUGACAAGGCAACCACUGCUGAUCAGAACAUGCACAGGGAGCAGGACAGGUCAAAGGAGAAAGGCAGUGAAAGGCAUGCCCGAGACUACAGAGAAAGAUUGGAGCGUUCAGAUAAAUCUCAUGGAGAUGAUGUUGAUAAAAUAAGAGAUAAGUCUGUGGACCAUCAUGGAAGAGAACGCUCGGCUGAGAGGGGUCCAGAUAGAGGAGUAACUAGGGGUUAUGAUAGAAACAAGGAUGAUAGAACCAAAGAUGAUAGGAAAUCUCAUUCUGAUGACCAUUUUCAUUCUCUGGGUUUGCCUCCGCCUCCACCUUUACCUCCUAAUAUGGUUCCACAAUCUCUGGGUGGUGGUAGAAGAGAUGAAGAUGUCGAUAGAAAGGCUGGGACUUCAAGGCAUUCUCAGAGGCUUUCUCCGAGGAUUGAUGAGAGAGAAAGAAGACGAUCUGAAGAAAAUUCAUCAGCUUCUAUGGAUGAUACAAAGUGCAGAAGAGAGGAUGAUUUUCGUGACAGAAAGCGUGAUGAUCGAGAGAUGAUUGCAAUGAAGGGGGAGGAAAGGGAGAGAGAAAGAGAGGCAAGGGAAAGAGAGAAAGCUACCCUUUUGAGAGAUGAAAUGGAAGCUUCCUCAGCAAUGGCCUCCAAGAGUCGGAAGAUUAAGAGGGGGCAACAGCACAUGCCAUCGGCUGAGCCAGGAGAGUACUCUCCUCCUCCCAUGGGCCAACAGUCAUCAUUGUAUGAGGGGAAAGACCGGAAAAACAGCAUGAUUCUUCAACAUGGAGGAGGUUAUUUAGAAGAGCCCGGCAUAAGGCUUCACGGUAAAGAAGUUAUGAGCAAGAUGGCUCGUCGUGAUCCUGACCCGAUGUAUGACCGCGAGUGGGAAGAAGAGAAGAGGCGGAAGCGGAGAGAUCGGAAGUAAACUCGGGGAAAGAGAAAAGCUUCAAUGCUCUGGUUUUUAUACGUUGGGUGUGCAAAAAUUGUGUAACCAUUCCCAGCCCCAGACAGAGGAGACCAGACGAAUUUAAAAAAAAAAAACACGGGGGAAGUUUUUGCAUGUAUGUCUCUGUUUUUAAGUUUGUCUGCAGCUUAUUCCUUUGUGUACACUAAUAAUAAUGCCUAGACAUUAGACAGAGAGAGAGAGAGAGAGAGUUGAAGAGCAAGAGAAUGUGUAGUUUCUGUUUUCUUUUUUCAUGUUAACUAAUGAAAUUAGGAUCAUAGAUAUCUGUUUGUAAUAUUUGCACAAUCAGAUUCAGGCUUGUAAUCACUGGUCUGCCUCUGCCGUAACGAUUGUGAACGUCUUUUAUGCGUUUGUUGA